GUGGCCGAGGUUACAGACACGGGAGAGCCAGUCUUCGGGAGGUGUCGUCUAAGUCCUUCAAAACCACUGUAUUAAUAACCCAAAUUUUGCUUAAAUCCCGCCCACCCUCGCCCAUUCCAUCCCGUGGGCGUGGUAGUCGAGCAGGGGCAUCGUGGGGGCAGGUGAGGAAGGCAGCAGAGGGCAGAGAAGAGGCAGAAAGAGUAAGGAGGAGCAGGAGUUUCAAACUUCCGUCAGUGCUUCAUGAUUCAUCCCGGGAGAAAAAUAAUAACAAAAGUUUGAGGGUUAUCAUAUGUUGGAGCCAUCAUGUCUAAAGAGUACGACCACCUCUUCAAGUUGCUCAUCAUAGGAGACUCAGGAGUUGGGAAGAGUUCUCUACUUCUAAGAUUCGCAGACAACACCUUUACGGGCAACUAUAUCACAACGAUUGGUGUUGACUUCAAGAUCCGCACACUGGAAGUUGACGGGGAGAGAGUUAAACUACAGAUCUGGGACACAGCAGGGCAGGAGCGCUUCAGAACUAUCACAUCUACGUAUUACCGCGGCACCCACGGAGUAAUAGUAGUGUAUGAUGUAACCAAUGGAGAAAGCUUCGCUAAUGUUAAGCGCUGGCUUCAUGAAAUUGAGCAAAAUUGUGAAGUAGUCAACAGAAUAUUAGGUAUGGCAAAUGCUUAUGUUUUCCUGAAUAAAUAUUUACUGUGUGAUGCACUAUGCUAUAUACAUAUACUGUAGUAAUAGUACUGUAAUGUUUUGUGGCUAUGGGUGAAAUGUGAGGCAUUGAGAAUUAAAUGUCAAAAGUUGUUCAAUAAGUAUUUUUUCAAAAUUCCUAAUUUAUUCUUUAUUUUUGACAUUUUUAACUUGCAUAUAAUGCUAUGUAAAGGAAAGAUUCAAAUCAUGAAAUUUUAAAAUUGCUAGUUGAUCUUGCCCCAACACUGUACAUAUAACAUAAUUUCUAUUUCUUAUGAUAUACAAUGACUUUCUCCCAGAAUGUACUUAGCCUUCCUCUCACAAUAUAGUCUUAAAGAGCUACAAAUCAUGAUUAACACCUGAAAGUAAAUGGUUCCUCUCGUUGCUUAGUUUGGUAAACACUAUUUAGUACCUAAUUAAACUUGGCAAACCUGGAUCUCGCCAACAAAGCCAACACUCGUGGAUAUAAGGAAUUACGUUGUUGUAGCAACAGGAACGGAGCUCUUGUCUUGGUGUUAGGUUUUUAGUACAGAAUUUAUCAUAAUUUGUUUAUUAUUUAUUACCUCUUGUAUCUCAUGCUUCUGUUCUGUUACUCGGGAAAGAUUUUCUAGCAUUCUUACAGCACUAUUUUCAUGGGUUACAACUGAGGCUUUUCUGUACUUGUUGAUGGUGCUAAGAAGUCUUUUUAUAGGUUAGUGGAUGAGUUUGAGAAUGUGUGUAAAGGUAGAAAGUUGAAAGUGAACAUAGAAAAGAGUAAGGUGAUGAGGGUAUCAAAUGAUUUAGAUAAAGAAAAAUUGGAUAUCAAAUUGGGGAGGAGGAGUAUGGAAGAAGUGAAUGUUUUCAGAUACUUGGGAGUUGACGUGUCGGCGGAUGGAUUUAUGAAGGAUGAGGUUAAUCAUAGAAUUGAUGAGGGAAAAAAGGCGAGUGGUGCAUUGAGGUAUAUGUGGAGUCAAAAAACAUUAUCUAUGGAGGCAAAGAAGGGAAUGUAUGAAAAUAUAGUAGUACCAACACUCUUAUAUGGAUGUGAAGCUUGGGUGGUAAAUGCAGCAGCGAGGAGACGGUUGGAGGCAGUGGAGAUGUC